AUUUAUCAUUACGGUCUCUCGCAGGCGACGACAACGUGGGCUCCAAGAAGGACACCGAAAUACGAAAUUCUGAUUACUGGCUUGAAAGACUUAAUUAAACAUGAAGAUGAAACGCCCAUAUUUUCAAGAGAAAUCAUUAAUGCCGAGAGUUAUUAAGUAUAUGGAAGAAAAUGACAAUUACACUGUUAUGGAGAUGACAGACUACCUGAUAAAAACAUACCGUGAAUUUAGAGGAAAAAGCAGGAUGGCUUUCAUGAAGAGUGUGGACAAAGCUUAUCAGUGGCAGAAACAACGACUGAAAGAGAAACAAGAAGACAGUUUAUCUGAAGACAUAGAGGAUAGUGAUGGUGGAGGCCCUGACAUCAUUGAGGUUGAAACACCAAAGCAGGAAGCAAAAUCUUUCAACAAAAAGCAUGCUAAGAAGUACCCAUCAUCACCCUCAUCAACAAGUACUCCCAAGUCCAUACCAAAAAUGAGAGAUAAUGACUUCUUUGUCAUUGACACUACAGGUGGUGAUAUUUCUCUAAAUGGCAUCAGAACCCCAGAGGUGCAGAAAAGUGCCAAGGUGAAAAGGAAAAAGGAGAAAGAGAUGGAUGUAGAUGGUAAUAAAAGAAAAAAACGAAAACAGUUACAGCCAGAAACCCCAGAAAUCACAUUUGCGGAGAUGGCUGGCCUAGAAUUGCUGAAAGAUAAAAUUUGCGACUUGCUCGCAAAUCUCCGAUGGCCUGGAAUUUUACAGCCUCUCCAGAAGUCAGUGCUCGUCACUGGCCCAACAGGAAGUGGAAAAACUACCUUCGUCCAAGCACUGGCUGGGACUGCUGAGGUUUCACUAUUACGCAUCACAGCAACUGAAUUGAUUGGUGGAGUCUCAGGAGAGAGUGAAGAGAAGAUCAUGGAGGUGUUUGAGCAAGCAGCCUCACUCGCACCUUGUGUGCUUUUGAUAGAGAAAAUUGAAGUUGUUGCUCCAAAGUUGAUGUCAGCAAAGAGCAUGGAGAAAAGAAUUGGGGCCCAGCUUUCUUCAUGUCUCAACAAUCUCAAAAUCAGGCACAAAGAUACAAAACUGUUGGUGCUAGCUGAAACAAGUUAUCCGGAAAACCUUGACUUGGAUCUCCGUAGCAGUUUUGACUCUGAGAUAUUUAUGAACAUUCCAACAGAGCUAGCCCGAGUGAGAAUAUUGCAGGUGAUGUGUGAUAGAAUAUCUUUUGAAGGGAAUUUUGAAGAAAUAGCCCUAAGAACUCCAGGCUAUGUUGCUGGAGAUCUGAAGAAACUGGUAGAGAAGUCUCAGGGAUUAGCAUGGAAGAGGAGAAAAGAUUGCCUUUAUGGAAAGACAGAAGGUGCAACCUUAAUGGAAGAAGUGAAUAGUUUUCUCAAACAGUUUGGAGAAAUGUGUGAAUCAGAGGCUCCAGAUUCCAUGGUAACAGUCAAUAUGGAAGACUUUUUGGAAGCACUAUUGCACAUAAUCCCAGCAUUGAAAAGAGAGGGAUUUCCUACUGUACCAGAUGUCACGUGGCAAGAUAUUGGAGGAUUGGAAGAUAUAAAAAAGGAAUUAAGGGAGAAGAUUUUGGAACCUAUCAAAUAUGCAAAGCUUCACGAAGAGUUUGGUGCAAGUCGACCCAACGGAAUACUGAUGUGGGGGCCUCCAGGAUGUGGUAAAACCCUUCUAGCCAAAGCAGUGGCAAAUGAAGCAGGAAUCAACCUUUUGCCAGUGAUGGGACCUGAACUCCUCAAUAUGUAUCAAGGUGAGAGUGAAAGGGCAGUGCGAGAGGUCUUCACACGGGCACGCAACGUAGCUCCAUGUGUGAUUUUCUUUGAUGAAUUUGACUCUUUGUGCCCUGUCAGAAGCAAAGGAGCGGAGAGUGGAAGUAAAACAACAAUAGUGAAUACACUGCUGACAGAGAUGAAUGGCUUCUCAAAAAGAGAAGACGUCUACGUUAUUGCAGCAACAAACCGACCAGACAUCCUGGACCCUGCUGUGACUCGACCAGGGAGAUUUGAUACUCUGCUUUAUGUGGAUGUCCCUGAUCAUGAGGGAAGAGUGUCCAUCUUUCAGGCAAGAACUAAGAAUGGAACUUGUCCUCGGUGUGCCCCAGAUGUUGACUUUGCAGAAAUUUCUCGCCAGUGCAACAAUUUCUCAGGAGCUGAUUGUGAUCAGCUGGUGUAUCUAGCUAGCAAAGAGGCCAUCAGGGAAGUUAUUCAUGGCUCCCAAGACAUCUCUUCUGUAGACAGUGGUGAUAAAGAGCCCAAGACACGUUUGGUUGCAAAGCGUCAUUUCUCUGCUGCCUUAAAGAAGAUCAAGCCAUCCAUUAAACCUGAGGAACAAAAGCGUUACAAGAGACUUAAUCUGAAGAUGGGAACAGCUCCUCUACAAGAGUCUGUAGGAGGAACCAAUCAAGAUGCAAGUUUUAUUGAUGCAGAUAAAGAGCCUCAGCCAAUGGAUAUAGGGGAUAAAGAGUGAAAUUAUUAUUGCUAUUAUUGUUCUUCUGGCAAGAAAACUCUUAACAUGCAAUAAGUUCAUUUAUUUUGGGUGUUGUGGUUUUUUCAGCAUUGCAUCAAAACAGUUUUUUUUUUUUUUCCAUUGUUGUAGUUGUUUUUGUUAUUAUUAUUAUAAUAAUAAUAAUAAUAAUAAUAAUUAUUAUUAUUAUUAUUAUUAUUAUUGUUAUUAUUAUUUUAUUUUAUUAUUAUUAUUAUUAUUAUUAUUAUUAUUAUUAUUAUUAUUAUUGUUUUUAUUAUUAUUAUUAUUAUUAUAUUUAUUAUUGUUUUGGUUAUUGUUAUUAUUACAAUUAAUAUUAUUAUUAUUAUUUUUAUCAUUAUUGUUAUCAUUAUCAUUAUUAUGAUCAUUAUUAUAAUUAUCAUUAUUAUCAUUAUUAGCAUCAACAUUAUUGUCAUCAUCAUCAUCAUCAUCAUCAUCGUCAUCAUUAUCAUUAUCAGUAUCUUCAAAUUUGUUACCAUCACUAGAAAACUCAGAAUGCCAAUCGUCCCCACCAUUUGAUAAUUAAUGUAUUGUAAACAAUUUUUUUGUAGGGGUUAAUGUUAAAUUUCUCAUAACCUUAAAUAAGCUCUGAGUGAUAGCAGGAAUAAAGUAACUGCAGAAUUUUAGGGUUUUGUUUCUGUUAAGAGGAGGCAUUAGUGCAUAAAAGUGAUUGUGAUAGCUAUCACUGAAAUCAAGAUUAUUUUAUAAUUGUCUCAGUUAUUCCACAUGAUGGCUCAGUAGUAUGCAAAGUAACUGUGUACAGAAGUACAUAUGGUCUAAUUUUUAUGUAAUUCAAAAAGUAGUCAUAACAUGUAUGAUAUUUUGUAUUGUAAAAGUUUCUAAAGUGAAAUGUAUUUAUUUUCUGUAAAAGGACAAUUUUUUCUGUGGCCUUUUGAUAGUAACUUCCUUCAAAUAAAACAUCAUCAAAAUAUAGCAGUGAUUAUCAAACACCAGUGGUGAGGACUUUAGUACAAGUAACAGCAGUAAACAGUUAUCAUUGUAUACAAGGUAAUAAUUUAAAUAAAGAUACACCAGAGGAGCUCCUUGGUGUGUUUAUCAUUUAUUUACUUAAAGACAAAAAUAAACAAAGGAAUAUGGAAAGGAAAACUUCUUGUUCAUGUAAUUAAUUUUGAAAUUUUGUGUACCAGCUAAAAAUUUCCCUGUGCAGCAAUAUAUAUUUACAAAGGAUCUCGAGAAAUAACAACUUGUCUGCCUUUGUAUUAACCUGUUGCUGCAUCAAAUCAGGCAAAUAAGUGAUAAAGUUUUGAGGAAAAUACAAAAAAAAAGUA